AUGUAAAUUUUAUUAUUAUAUUUACCCUUAUUGAUAUUAGGUUAGAAUGUGAAGAUAUUUAUUAAAGAAGACUAUGAUGAAUAUUUAGUUUAUGAGGACAACGAAGUUUAAUUUGAAUUUCUAAGAAAGAAUUUAGAUAAAGGAGUAACAUGUAAGCCUCCAAAAUCAUUUGGUGUUUCAAGUACAGGUGAUGUUAUUGGAUAUUCAAAUCAAACAUUAAGAAUUUAUAACGAUGAUAAAGUUUCUUACAAUGUUUAUGCUUUGCAAACAUCAGAAAAAAGUACAACUAUGUAUUUUAUAACAUUAUUAAGAGAACUCUUUCAACAGAAGUACUUUCAGAUGACACAAUUUUAAGACCUUAAAGUGAAAUCUUAUUCAAGUUAAUUUAGAAGUGUCCAUAAAAAGUUGAUCUAACAUCUGAUAAUUAUUGGACUCCUAUAUAUGUGAAUAUUGGUUUUAAUGAAGUGAGUAAAGAGACUUCAAAAUUAAUAGAAUUUGUAAUGAUAUUUACAUGUGAUAAAUCAUUCAGAGAUCUAACAUUUGAUUGGAGUUUGCCAAUUUUAUUAAUCAUUUCAACUAUAUUAAUUGCAUUUUUAGCAAAAUAUACUAGAAUCCUUUCAUUUAGAUGGAGAAGAAAUGGAUAAGAUUUCCAAGGAUUUGAAAUUACCUUUUUAGUUAUUGGGAUCUAUAUAUUAUUAUAUGCAAGUGGAGCAACUAUUGUUUUAGCAACAGGUUUUUCUAAUUUUAUUCGAUAUUUUUUUAUUGUUAUUGCAUGCACUAUUGGUACAUUAGCAAUUUUCUUUGUUUCAGCAGAAGUAUUAAAAUUAAUUAUAUUAUAGAUGGCCUGUCUAUUGAAAGCAAAUUCUUUCGUCAGAAAAUAUAAUCUAAUAAUUGCUUCAAUUAUUUCUUUAUUGAUUGGCUUGCCUUAUUAUUUUUUGAAACCAUGGUACUUGAGUGACAUAAUAUCAUUAGCCUUUAUUUUCCUUAUUGUUAAAUUCUUUAGAUUAAAGAACUUAAAAACAGCAGCUGCUUUAAUGAUUGCUAACGUUAUAUUAGACUCAACAUUUGCCCUUAUUAUUCAUUAUACAUAACCUGAAUCUUAUAAUACUACUGUAUUACAAUAUUUGAACUGUCCUUUAGAAUUGCAAUUACCUUUAAUAAGAAUGCAAUAUGGUAAGAAUUGUGCUUGGAUUUCACUAUUUAGUCAAGCUAUUCCAGGUUUAUUUCUAAGCCUAGCCUAUAGAAUUGACAAAAGUAAAAGAACCUUUACAUAUGGUUUGUCUGGGUUUUUAUCUUUAAUAAUAUCGGAGGGUUUUUGGGUAUUGGCUACAGUAUCAGUGAAACAUUCUAUACCCUAGUCAUUAUUUACACAUCCAUUUUUAUUAGGAACUUUAACUAUAAAUUCUUUAAGUAGAGCAGAAUUACAUUCUUUUUAUUUUGGUGAUUUUUUGAUUGAUUAAAGCUAUUAUAGAUUAAGAGGAGAAAGUUUAUAGGAUUGUAGAAAACCUUUAUUUCUUUUAAAUAUGGAUAGUAUUCCUGAAUUUAAGGUAUAACCUACAGAUUUAUGA